AUUAGCCUAAAGGGUGAACUAGGUGGAACACCAAAAAAAAAAUUAAAAGAAAAUGUUCCAUUUAAUAAGUAUAUAAUAUAUAUCUCUAAAAUCGAGCAAUUAGUGAAUAGGAGAACUAAUAAAUAAUCAAAGUGUAGUUAAAAUAAUUCGGAACAUUGAUAAUUUGGUAGUCAUCCUCUAAACAACAUUAUUCAUGUUAAGUGCAUGCAUUCAAGAAAGGUCAAAAAAAAAAAAAAAAAAAAAAACACAGAACGGCCAUCUUUGGAGCAACGGAAUCUGAGUUUUCCAAGUUUGUAGCCGAAUUUAAGAUAUACGAUUAAAAUUAUAUAGCCUUAUAUAUCCUAACUUAUGUGUUGCAUAUGUUUAUAUUCCUAGGGAACUAAUCUACUCAUAAUGUCUAUCUUACUGCUUUAUUACUUCCUUACAAACCUACUCUCCUACACAUAUAUACAACACCCAUGGCUCAUUGAAGCGAAAACUCGAACAAAUGACGGCUUUUCCAUUGAUUUAUUCCACCGUUACUACUCUCCAAAAUCUCCAUUCUACAACUCCUCAUUGUCUCCUAAAGAACUCUUCCAACGAUUAGUUCUUUCCUCGAACUCAAGGCACCGCCAAAUCAUAUGGCAGCAGAGUAACAUAGGAGAAGUUAGUACUAAUUUAAUUCCUAAUGAGGGUGACUACCUCAUGCAAAUCUCUGUUGGUACUCCACCAGUACAGCUAGUCGCGGCUGCUGUGACAGCAAGUGACCUUACAUGGUUUCAGUGCAUACCUUGUGUCCUUUGCUACCCACACAACACCACCAAUUUCGAUCCUCAAGCUUCUAGAACCUACAUGAACCUUCCUUGUGAUGCAGAACAUUGCACUAACCUUAAUACAGAUCACAUAAACUGUGACCAAAAUGAAAAUUUGUGUAGGUAUUGGUAUACUUAUGGCAAUGCAACAACUAUUACCGGAGGAGUCAUGGGAACGGACACGUUCUCGUUCACUUCUUUUGAUGGGGAUGAAGAACAGGCUGCCUUCCCCUCCAUAACUUUCGGAUGUGGGUAUCAGCAAGCAGGGCUUUUCGAUUCCAACUCUGCAGGUGUUGUAGGACUCGGAAAUGGACCUGUUUCGCUUGUUUCACAACUAGGUCCCUCAAUUUCUUACAAAUUCUCCUACUGCUUAACUUAUCCUUCCUCACAUAGUGCAAGUAAGUUGAGAUUUGGAGGUAUGCUUGAAGAUACAUCAGAAAUUGGAGGUUUGACAUUGACAACGCCUUUUGUUACCAAUGAUCCUUCAUCCUCUUAUAGCCUCGUGUUAAAUGGAAUAAGCGUAGGUCAAAUGAACUUGAACAUGGACAAGGAGAUCAUCAUAGACACCGGUACCACACUUACUUACAUAGAUCCAAGCAUCUUUUAUAACCUCGAAGCUAUGGUGAACGAUGCAAUAGGGGCAUCCCCGGUUUCUAACAAUCCUUUGGUGGAGCCUGUUUUGUGCUAUGGUCCAGAUGAUGCAGCUUUAAAUCCCCCUGACAUAGUCUUUCAACUUGACGGGGGUGAUUUAGUACUAAAGGCUUGCAAUAUCUUCUUUGUACUUGACGAUUAUGUUUGCUUGUCCAUUGCUAAGUCGCCCAAAGAUGGGGAUCCUAUGGUGCUAGGCAACAUGGCUCAGACCAACCUUGAUAUCGAGUUCGAUCUGCUAAGCAAGACAGUUAGGCUUACUCCUAAAUAUUGUUCUCAAGAGACCAGCUAGCACGAAGCACAAGCCCUAUCAGGAGAUUAUAAAAAAUGAAACCACACAUCUAUAUAGCUUUUCAUGAAGAAUUAUUCUAAGACAAUUAGAUUAGAGUUUAUGAAGUUUUCAAUUGCUUUCUUUAUUUUAAGCUUAGAUGAAAAGUUGAAAACCAUUAAUUGUAAUACUUUAAUUUUCUGUGUUCGACCUCUGCCUCUAAGCCGAGUUAUGGUUAAUUAUAUAAUCAAUUCUGCUAUAGUAUGUGCCAAAAUUUCUUAGUUAGUUGUAUAGUUCCUAGUUUGUUAGUGUCAAUAAAAGACUCUGAAGUUGGUGUGACCACUUUAACUAGAGUUAGAUACUGUAUCAUGCAAUGAAUUUGUAUUCUAUGUCAAGUUUGAACUCACAGUUUCAUUGCAUGUAAAUUUACGUAGUAUAAGAGACCAAUUACAUAAA